AUGGGGGAAGCGGAGAAGUUUCACUAUGUCUACAGCUGUGACCUGGACAUCAACGUGCAGCUUAAAAUAGGAAGUCUGGAAGGGAAGAGAGAACAAAAGAGUUACAAAGCCGUUCUAGAAGACCCAAUGUUGAAGUUUUCAGGACUGUAUCAAGAAACAUGUUCAGACCUCUAUGUUACUUGCCAAGUUUUUGCCGAAGGGAAGCCUUUGGCUUUGCCAGUAAGAACCUCCUACAAGGCGUUUAGUACAAGAUGGAACUGGAAUGAAUGGCUAAAACUGCCUGUGAAAUACCCUGACCUGCCCAGGAAUGCCCAAGUGGCCCUGACAAUAUGGGAUGUGUAUGGACCAGGAAAAGCAGUGCCUGUGGGAGGGACAACAGUUUCACUGUUUGGAAAAUAUGGCAUGUUUCGCCAAGGGAUGCAUGACUUGAAAGUCUGGCCUAACGUAGAAGCAGAUGGAUCAGAACCCACCAAAACUCCUGGCAGAACAAGCAGUACUCUCUCAGAGGAUCAGAUGAGUCGCCUUGCCAAGCUCACCAAAGCUCAUCGACAAGGUCACAUGGUGAAAGUAGAUUGGCUGGACAGAUUGACAUUUAGAGAAAUAGAAAUGAUAAAUGAGAGUGAAAAACGAAGUUCUAAUUUCAUGUACUUGAUGGUUGAGUUUCGAUGUGUCAAGUGUGAUGAUAAGGAAUAUGGUAUUGUUUAUUAUGAAAAGGAUGGUGAUGAGUCAUCUCCAAUUUUAACAAGCUUUGAGAUAGUGAAAGUUCCUGACCCUCAGAUGUCUAUGGAGAAUUUAGUUGAGAGCAAACAUCACAAACUUGCCCGGAGUUUAAGAAGCGGACCUUCUGACCAUGAUCUCAAACCUAAUGCUGCCACAAGAGAUCAGCUAAAUAUUAUUGUGAGUUAUCCACCAACCAAGCAACUUACAUAUGAAGAACAAGAUCUUGUAUGGAAGUUUAGAUAUUAUCUUACUAAUCAAGAAAAAGCUUUGACAAAGUUCUUGAAAUGUGUUAAUUGGGAUCUACCUCAGGAGGCCAAACAGGCGCUGGAACUUCUAGGCAAGUGGAAGCCUAUGGAUGUAGAGGAUUCCUUGGAGCUGCUGUCCUCUCAUUACACGAAUCCAACAGUGAGGCGCUACGCUGUGGCCCGACUACGGCAGGCAGAUGAUGAGGAUUUGUUGAUGUACCUAUUACAGCUGGUCCAAGCUCUCAAAUAUGAAAACUUUGAUGACAUAAAAAAUGGAUUAGAACCUACCAAGAAGGAUAGUCAGGGUUCAGUGUCAGAGAGCGUGUCAAAUUCUGGAAUAAAUUCUGCAGAAAUAGACAGCUCCCAAAUUAUAACCAGCCCUCUUCCUCCAGUGUCUUCCCCUCCUUCUGCAUCUAAAACAAAAGAAAGUUCAGAUGGUGAAAAUCUGGAGCAAGAUCUGUGUACCUUCUUGAUAUCAAGAGCCUGCAAAAACUCAACACUGGCUAACUAUUUAUAUUGGUAUGUGAUAGUGGAAUGUGAAGAUCAAGAUACUCAGCAGAGAGACCCAAAGACCCAUGAAAUGUACUUGAAUGUUAUGAGACGGUUCAGCCAAGCAUUGUUGAAGGGUGAUAAGUCUGUCAGAGUUAUGCGUUCUCUGCUGGCUGCACAACAGACUUUUGUAGAUCGGCUGGUGCACCUAAUGAAGGCAGUGCAGCGUGAAAGUGGAAAUCGUAAGAAAAAGAAUGAGAGACUACAGGCAUUGCUUGGAGACAAUGAAAAGAUGAACUUGUCUGAUGUGGAACUCAUCCCACUGCCUUUAGAACCUCAGGUGAAAAUUAGAGGAAUAAUUCCAGAAACAGCUACAUUGUUUAAGAGUGCUCUUAUGCCUGCACAGUUAUUCUUUAAGACUGAAGAUGGAGGCAAAUAUCCAGUUAUAUUUAAGCAUGGGGAUGAUUUACGCCAAGAUCAACUUAUUCUCCAAAUCAUUUCACUCAUGGACAAGCUUCUACGAAAAGAAAAUCUGGAUUUGAAGUUGACGCCCUACAAAGUAUUAGCCACUAGUACAAAGCAUGGCUUCAUGCAGUUUAUCCAAUCAGUUCCUGUUGCUGAAGUUCUUGAUACAGAAGGAAGCAUUCAGAACUUUUUUAGAAAAUAUGCACCAAGUGAGAAUGGGCCAAAUGGAAUCAGUGCUGAAGUUAUGGACACUUACGUUAAAAGCUGUGCUGGAUAUUGCGUGAUUACAUAUAUUCUUGGAGUAGGAGACAGGCACCUGGAUAACCUUUUGCUGACAAAAACAGGCAAACUCUUCCACAUAGACUUUGGAUAUAUUUUGGGUCGAGAUCCAAAGCCUCUUCCUCCUCCAAUGAAGCUGAAUAAAGAAAUGGUGGAAGGAAUGGGAGGCACACAGAGUGAACAGUAUCAAGAGUUCCGAAAACAGUGUUACACAGCUUUUCUCCACCUUCGAAGGUAUUCUAAUCUUAUUUUGAAUUUGUUUUCCUUGAUGGUGGAUGCAAACAUUCCAGAUAUUGCUCUUGAACCAGAUAAAACUGUAAAAAAGGAAGCACUGUUUCAAAACUCCCAACCCUGGCCAAACUAGGAAAUGGACUACUUAUCACACUAGGUUUUGAUGUGGGUAAUUUUUUUCAACUUCAGGUCAUUCAUCAAGAAACAUAAGUAGUUGAUGAAAAUUUCAAGACAGAUGACUGCACCAGAUUUCAAAUGUUGUUGCUUUUGUGUGCCUAUAUGUGUGUUACUAUUUUUAGGAUCUGUUGUUGCUGUUUAUUUUAAACCCAUUUAUCUCUGUCAUAUGUUCACUCUUGCCUUACUUCACUUAUGUUCAGAACUCAUUUAUGAAAGUUCUAAUGGUAGUUGUCAAAUGGAGUCUUUUUGUUUCUUCUUCCAGUAUGUAGUUUUUCUUCUUAUUAGAUAUUUUAUUUCAACUUGUCCUUUUAAGAAAUCAUGAUUUUAUUGUUUAAACUUUUGUUACCAGCUAUCUUUAUGGCAUAUCUUCAAAAUGUUUAAUCAUAGCAACAUUCAACAUUUUCCUUUUUUCCAUAGCAUAUUUUAGUACAUAUAUAUCCAUUUCUUUUUAAUUUUUUGAAAUUGACUACUCAUUUUGCUGUGCUUCAUAGUUAACUGUGUUCCUUACAAGUUUUGAAGGUUGUAAUAACUCUGUGUUGAGCAAGUCUGUUGGUGCCAUUUUUCCAACAUUCACUCACUUUGUGUCGCAUUUUGGUAAUACUCAUGUAUUUCAAACAAAUGGUAUUUUAUCUCCUUUGAAAGACAGUGCAGAGGCUGAGAUUUACAAGUUUGCAUCCUUUUGCUUGAUAAGUAAUAUGUCUUAUCUGGGUUUCCAGUUUGCCAAGAGUUCCAAGAGUGCUGCUCCAGUGAAGUGUUGAUAAAUGUUCAACCACUGGGUAUCUAAAAAACACUGUCUCUAAGUUUAUUUUAAUUUGCAUUAAUAUAAGGCACGCAUAGCACAAAAUUUACAAAAAUAUAAUAAAAUGCUCUAUAGUCUUUCUCUUAAAAAAAAAAAAAGGACCCUGGACCCUGCAGAUUUAUUCGAGUGCAGCCUUAGCUAAUGAGGUGUAAACGGACAGACUUUGGAGCUGAUAGAGAUAACCAGGAGUCAGAGGAGAAAUUGUAGAAGGGUGGAAGGCACAGAGGUAAAAGGACUGGGGUAGAAUAACAAGUAGCCUAACACAAGUCAAUAUGUAUGAUAACAGAUCAACCUUUUUUAUGCAGUUAAUCUUCUUUCUUAUAAAAAAAGAAUGUCUUCAUAUUCGGUGAAUAACAGUUUUCUUUAUAUACUAAAUACAUAUCUUCUGUUUGUAAUUUAAGCACUUAUAUAAGUAUGCAGGCUUUGACAAAUUGGGUUAAAGGUUUAUUUUGAUUCUCCUGCCCUAUAGUGUUUUGGACGUCCUUAAAAAAAUCAUUUACAAAAUUCUCAGACAUGACCUCCCUAAGUAGAAAUCAAGGAAUACAAUGGAAUAAAUUCUUCAACUGGGAUCCAGAAAUGAGAGAGAGAGUUGAUUGAAGGUUUACUUUAGAUCUCCCUCCACCAAAUUGUCCUUCACUUGUUCCACCUCUCUCUCCUCAGCCUGCAGGGCUGUCGGAAUACCUGGUAUACUUACAGUGCAGCGAAGGGAAAAGAGCACUGAGCGGGCCAUGGGUGGUGGUGGUGGUGGUUCUGUCACCCAGUCAUGUGACCCCAUGGACUGCAGCACACCAGGCCUCCCUGUCUCUCACCAUCUCCCGAAGUUUGCCCAAGUUCAUGUUUAUUGCAUCGGUGAUGGGUUGUAGUACUGUCUGCCUUUUCUUCUUCCUGAUUUUGUAGUAGUUCAACUCCAUACUUAAAAGGAAAUACUAAACAUGGACCACUUUUUAUCCACUUGGAAAUCCCAUUUUCUUCUAGCCUGUCUUUUCAGAAGUUUAUAUGGAUCAUUUAUAAGAGGUGAAAGGAGUAAGUACAGUGGUUACUGAGAUCGUCUGGAAGUGUGAGCCAUUUACCAUCAGUUAAAGGUCCCUGGGUUGGCUUCCUAAAUUCUCUGUCUCAGUUUCUGUGUGUUACAGAUUGAGAUAUUAUCUACCUCAGAACCAUCGGAGAGUAGAAUGAAAUACUGCAUGUAAGGUGCUUUGCACAGUGUUAGCAUGAAGUAGUCAGGCAUGGCAACCUGCUAUUGCCUAGAGAAUUCCAUGGACAGAGGAGCCUGGUGGGCUACAGUCCAUGGGGUCGCAGAGUCAGAUACAACUGAGCUCUAACACACUGUCGUUUGGUAACAUUUGCUUGUGUGUUUUAGGGAACUAUUCUGAUAUAUAUCUCUACUAAUCUUUCUAGUUCUUAUUGCUAUUCAGAAUUAACUGUAUGUUUUAAUAUGAAAUAAUGAAAAAGUCCUCAGUCUUUAGAAAUUAUAGGUCAUAUUGAAGUAGUUCUUUGCAGAAGUAUAAGGAACUCCUAUAGGAAA